CCGUUGGAGAUGGUCUAGCCUCCUUUUUUGAAGCCCAAAUUGAACCCUCAUGACCUCAUUAAUGGCCGCCAGUAGUCUAUAUAUAACGGCUACGCUCUUUCCCAACCCAAAGAAACCAACUUUCUUCACCAAAGAGAAGAAUUUGGUACUAUUCCGCCACCACUCAUAAUUCAAGCGUCGAGCUUAAUUUGAGCUCGGCCAUGUCGACAUCAGCGCCGCCGGAAGCCGGAGACGCCGUCCCCGGUCUCUCCAUGUCCGUCACCGGCAAGGUCAUGUUAUCCGGCGUCAUCGUCUUCUUUUUCAUCUUCGUCUUCAUCCUCAUUCUCUUCCUUCGCGCAAACCGUUACUUGGGUGCUAGCCCCAUCCUCGCGAGCUCCCCAGCACGCUUCCUCUUCCACUCCUCCGGCACCGUCGGCGCAGCCUUUCCCGGCAGCGCGCUUGAUUCCGCCGUGCUCAUAUCUCUCCCAGUCACCGUCUUCAACUCUGCAGCAUUCAAGGACGGCAUGGAGUGCGCCGUCUGCCUCGCUGAGCUCACCAACGGCGACUCCACCAGGUUUCUUCCUGGUUGCCGCCAUGUCUUCCAUCUCAAGUGCAUCGACAGGUGGUUUGCCUCCAACUCCACUUGUCCCAUCUGCCGGAGCUCCAUCAAGCUGCCGGCCGUCGAAUCGAAAAAUACCAUAUUAACCGACUCGGAGCAGAGUUCCCCCAUUAUAAAUAACAGAGCUUCACCGCACGAGAUAGUUAUGCCGUUGGAUGGUUCGGAAGAAGGAAGCUCGAGCUCCGUUUGCUCUGUUACGAGGAAGCUUAGUCGAAUCAUGGCCAUCGACAUACCGAGAAUUGCAUUAGAAAGCUCUGCUUUUACACUGCAUUCGAGUAAGAUUUUUGCAGCUUUCGAUCUAAAGCCGUCGAAUUUGACGUCCCUGAGAAGCAUACUGAGCAUGGGAAGCAGGUUCAGCUCUGGUUGUAGCUCUAGAGGAUUGGAUAUUGAGCAGGGAGCGGCGUCGACCGCGUCGGCAGCGGCGGCAGCCGGAGUUGGACCAGAUGGACAGGGGAGCUCAACAAACAAGGAUUUUGUAAGAGAUUUGAGUUUGGUCGAAGAGGUAUUUCAUAUGAAAGGGAGAAAGUCGAUUGUUAUGAGGUAAAUGUAAUGGAAGAACUUAUCAUUUUUAUAAAAUAAAACAUUAAAUUUAUUUUGAUACAAAAUAAAA